ACUGUGUUGUUUUUUAGUUUGCAGUUGGUACAGCAAACAGAGCACAUGCACUCUCCUUCUUCCGUAUAUCGUUUCCAUCUCCACACCUAAACACACACCCCAUCUUCAACCAAUCACAAUGAAGAUAAUGGUAGCCGUCAAGCGAGUGGUCGAUUACGCCGUCAAAAUCAGGGUCAAGCCCGACAAGACGGGGGUGGUGACCCAGAACGUGAAAAUGUCGAUGAACCCCUUCUGCGAGAUCGCCCUGGAGGAGGCCCUUCGCAUCAGAGAGUCUGGCUUGGCCUCCGAGGUUGUCGCUGUCAGCAUCGGGCCCUCUCAAUGCGUAGAUACUCUCCGAACGGGUCUUGCCAUGGGAGCCAACAGAGGCAUCCACGUCGAGUCCACUGCUUCCCUGUUCCCUCUUUCGGUUGCCAAAAUCUUCAGAAAGCUCGUGGAGAUUGAGAAACCCGAUCUUCUCAUCCUUGGCAAGCAGGCUAUUGAUGAUGAUUGCAAUCAGACCGGGCAGAUGGUAGCAGGACUCCUCAACUGGCCUCAAGGGACUUUUGCUUCAAAGGUUAGCGUUGUCCAUUUUAUCAUUUGCAUAAUUAGUAAACAAUGUCUUCAUGACUUAUCUAUGAUGUGCUUAAGUUACAUGUCAUCUUAAUGCACUGUAUUCAGAUUAUUUUACUGUUUCUCUCCUCCAUUAUUCCCGAUUUGGUCAA